AUGGGUCCACUUUACCUCGCUGUCUAUCCUCAGUGGUGUUUUACUACUGACUUCUGCCACCAUGUAAGUGGCAGGAUUAUUCAGGGGUGGGAGCCUGAUUUUUUUGAUGUUGACAUUAGAGGCACGAGUUCCCAAUUCAUUCACUGUCUCAUAACACUUAAAGGUAUUAACAUGUCUUUCUUUGGUACAUUCAUAUAUGGUAUGUCUGAUAGGACGGAUAGAUUGACCCUGUGGGAGGAUUUGGUGACUCUUUCUGGUACUAUCCAGUGUCCUUGGGUAAUAAUGGGGGACUUUCACUCUAUCAUGACUAUGGAGGAUAGAAUUGGGAACCCUAUCAUAUUCUCUGAAAUUCAGCCUGUGAGGGAUUGUAUGGCUUCUUGUGAACUGGUGGAAAUCAAAAUUGAGGAUGAUUUCCCUACUGCUGAAGCCACUUUUCUCCCUGGAUAUACUUUUGAUCACUGCCCCAUGUCUAAUUGGGAUAAAAUGGCUCAAGGGUGCAACAUGUUCAAGGUUGUUCAGAAGCUCAAAUGGAUCAAAGCUGACUUGAAAGCUCUUAAUAAAGCAAGGUUUUCAUCAGUAGAAGCAACUAGUAUUCACCAAGAGUUCCUGCAGGCUCAGAAUAAUCUUCACGGUGAUCCCACUAACAGUGAGCUGGCUACAGUUAAAAAGCUUGUUGGUGAAAAGUACAAGGAGGCACAUGCUAACUACCUAUCUUUCCUGAACCAAACUGCUAAAAUCCAGUGGUUGGAGCUUGGUGAUGAAAACUCUAAGCUCUUCCACAUGAGUAUAAGGCAUAGAAAGAAACAAAAUAAGAUUAACCCUAUUCAUAAUGAAGCUGGUGAGUGGAUUCAGUCCACUGAAGGGGUUCUGGAGGAUUUCACCCAAUUUUAUUCCUCUCUUUUCUGUGAAACCAUGGCAGACAUGUCUCAUGUUAACACAAUAAUUGUGGACCAAGGACCUAGGAUUACUGAAGCACGCAAGGGAUUGCUUAAUUGCAGUUUCCAAGAAGAAGAUAUCAAGGGUGUCCUGAAUUCUAUCCUAAUUAACAAAGCCCCAUGGCUUGAUGGUUUCAAUAGCAUGUUCUUUAAAGCUGCCUGGCCUGUCAUCAAAGGAGAGGUGUGUUUGGAUAUUAUUGAAUUUUUCCUAACUGGGAAAAUCUUGAAGGAAAUCAAUGUGACUUAUAUUUCUUUGAUUCCUAAGGUUACAGUGCCAGCUUAUGUGGGUGACUUCAGACAAUAG